UUUCUGUUUAAGUGUUUCUUAAACUUAAACGACGAAGGUACCGGUAGUUAUUCGAUAAGUAUUUAUUAUAUCAUUUGCCAAAGUCUAACUACUUCAGUACAGACUAUAGAGUUUUAAAGCCAACAUUGUUUCAAAAUGGACAGCUAUGUCAUUUUUUCCAAUGGAAUUCUCAAGCUACUAAGAUCUUUAAAUAAAGUCACUCUGGAAGGUAAAGAUUUAAAUUUAUAAUUUAUAUUACUUGUACUUGUACACAUAUCUUAAGUCCAAGCUAAGUGCUAUUUCUUAUUUUUAUACCGUUUUUUCUGUUGUUUUGUUCGCUGAUGAAGGCUUUCUGCUGACACGUUCGUUGUUUUGUUGCGUUUCUUUUUUCAGGUUUAACCCUACUCUGUUUUAUGCAUUCUUUUUUCUACAUUGUGCUAACCUGAUUGCAGUCUCUCCCCUUAUUUCCCCUCCAAAAUUCACCCAACUACACAAAGUAAAAUUAAUAAAACUCUUUAAUUUAUGGCAUUGUAUUAAUUUUUCGUAAAAUAUUAUAAAACUUUUCUCAUUCAUUAAACAGUUAGUGUUCUGCAGAUUUUUGAAGAUGAACAAUAAUAAAAAAUAUUUUUUAUCAUUAUAUUAAAAUGAUAAGAAGAGCCAUCUCCGACAACCCAAGUUUUGUUUGUGAAGGGGGAUAAUGGGGGACAACUGACAAUUUCAGUGAAAUUUUAAAUAUUCAUAACUUUAUUUUGCAAUUGCUAUUAUUAAUGAAACAAAGUUAUUCCUCUUUGUGAAUUUAUCAAGCAGUGCUACGGUAAACCACUGUGUCCUAUGACUUUACAUUAAUAAGUAAUAAACUAUUAAAGUACAUACCGAUACAAAAGUAUAAAUUGUUGCCAGUCUCAAGAUACACCAUGAUGCAAAUAUGAAUAUCGCAGUGUUUUGAAAAAUAUGCGCUCUAUGUCACUGAAAAAACAACAAUUUAUUAAUAGAAAACUGCGGCGUAAACCGCAAAACAACGAAAUCCUCCCUGAGCUGAAUGUAAAAUGGCCACAACAGUUUUGCGUCAUUUUUCGGUAUGCGUUGAUUGCGUGCGCUUGAGAUUUUCAUAGUCCCUACAGUAGUGGGCAGAGUGAAUUUCUCUUCUGAUCUUUACUUGUAUGCUCACGGGCCUAAUGAUCUUAGAUAGGAAACAGAAGAACAAACAAACUGAAAAUUGCCCAGUUAUUAAUUUUACAAUCUACAAUGAAGAAAAUGAUAUUGAAUGGGAGCAUUAUUAUUCAAUUAUCAUUAGGUGAGCUGAAACAUUCUUUUUUAAUAAUUGAUCCUUUUUUUGGGGGGGGGGGGGGGGGGGGGGUUUUGUUUUUUUAUAUUCAAUGGGGUCUCUAAGUUUAUGGGAUGAUGUGGGAGGGGAGUCCAAAAUAUGCAAAAUUUGCUUGACAUCAUUUAUGGGUGGCUCCUAAGUUAAAAAAUGUCACAGUCAAUAACAUAAAUGAUAAAACGUUUACUAGGCAAAUUCUUAUUCAACAAAUUUAUUAUUGUUGGAAUCCUUCAUGAGAUAUAUUUUUAAAUUAUACUACCCUGACUGAUUCCCCUCCUCUGACCGAUAAACGAUCUUGCUGGCUGCCGUCCAUGGUUUGCCUUGUAAAAGUUAUGUGGUGGGGUGGGUGAAUGUACAUUGCUGUUCUUUAUUUCAUUAAUGUAUUUUAUUUUAAUGUCAUGAUUAUGUCUCUUUUGAUAAAAUUUUUAUGUACAGCGCGGUGAGCCCAGCCCUACCACGCUAUAUAAGACCUCUUAUUAUUAUUAUUAUUAUUAUUAUUAUUUAGUCUUAGAAAUUAGUUUGUGUAGAUGAUGUCGAUGGUGCAGUGUCUGUUUUACUGCACCUCCUCAAAUCGUGAUGAAUGGCUUAUGAUUAAGAGUAUCUGAAAAUACCAGCACUCUUGUGAACUUAUUUCCCCUUUUUAUAUUUAUUUUUCUAAUGCUCAAAUGUGUUUUCCUUUGAUCUCCUAUAGAUGCACUGGCAAGGGGUUGUCAACCUUUCUUUGUUGAUAACAAACAAGUUGGACUCAUCAGACCAGAUUUUUGGAAAUAUCUAAAAAAUUAUACAGAUGUUCUGUACCUUGUAGACCCAGAUUUGAACAAACCUAGCAAUAAUAAAAAGGCUGGCAUACAUCUUUCCCCCAACUUUCAAACAUAUGAAGAGAGAACGACAGCUGUUGGUAACAUGCUGGAAGAUUUAAGAAAAAAGGAUGUCAUUCCAGCAUUAAGAGGGUGGAGACAUGAGGUAAAAAUUGUUAUCUUUUUGAAAUAAAAAAUAUUUUAUACUUUUUACAUCAUCCUGAGGUAAAAUGAUUAGGAAAAGUUAAUAUUAAUAACAACUUAAGAUUUUAAUUUUUUUUUUCAAUUUUAGGCUAAAAGGAGUUUUGGGUGACUGAUAAAGGGUAUAAACUGAUUAUAAGACAAUUUGCACCCAUUGAAUAACUGUCUCAAUGUUGAGAAGUUUAUCUUUGUAGAAAAACAUGUUACUACCGGUAAUAACAAUAAUAUUUUUUUCCAAUAAAUACAUACUCUGACUAUACAUUGUUCGAAUAAUAAAGAACUGCUGCAGAAUUAUCUUACCCUUCUCUUACUCUCUCUGCAUUCAUUCUAUCUUUCUACAUAUGCUGAGUCACCUUUAGGACAUUUAUAUAAAAGAGAAAAUAAUUAACAUUCUCUAUUUAUACAGAACUACAAAGUUUCUCAGAGAUACACAGAUACAGCUCUCUUGGAAAUAGAAAGAGCUUGUUCAGGUAAGUCUCACAAUUAAUAUUUCUUUAUUCACUUUCAUUAUUUUUCACAGGGUUUUUGAAGUUUUUAAUAGUUAUUUUGGAAUUAAAAGUGAAGUUAAGAUUAUUAAAAUAAAAUUCCAAAAUUUGGUAUACUGGUAAUAUGUUUACAAAUUUAGGAUUAAUAUUUCUUACAAAAUUUCAAUAAUAUUUAUGUUACUUAGUAUGGUAUUACUCAUGUAUUGUCAGUGCUCACCUGUUAAUGGGGAAUCUCUCAUUUAAAACUCAUUUUAUUUUUACUUAAGGGUUAAAUUUUGUCUCCUUUUUUCCUCAGGUUUAUUUGGGGUUAUCCAGUAUGGCAUACAUGUGAAUGGCUAUAUGAGGGACAAAGAUGGUCAGAUAAUGAUGUGGAUUGGCAGGAGAUCUAAAACUAAACAGACUUUUCCUGAUAUGUAUGACAAUAUGGUGCGGAAAUGUACUUAUACAGAAAAGCAAAUUUUAAAUUACAGUUGGGUGACACAGACCCAGCAACUCGCAAUGUUAGCACCAGCUCUUUUCUGCACCCCCUCCCACUUCAAUCCCUUUUUCAUGUGGUAAGAAAAAGCUCCUCAGGGGUGAUAACCAAAGCAUGCUGAAGUCUGACUUUUUGUGGCAUCUUUGGACAAAAUUUAUCAGAACAUCAUUUUACAGGGACUACUGGAAAGGGGAAGAGAAAACAUUUUAAUUUUUCAACAACAAAAAAAGGCAGAUUUCAGAGUAAUUUAAUAAAUGUCCUUGUAAAUUUGUUGAAAUUACUAAUUAAUUUUAAUGGCAGUUGAUUGUUAUGACCUUUGGUCCAUCCUUUGAACUAAAAUUUUGUUCUAUGUUAAGAAAUAAAAAGAUUCAUGUAUUUUUAUUGCAAACACAUUGAAUAAAUUAGCAUACAUGAUCUUAGAGGAUUUUUUAAAUCUCUGCUUUAUUUAGCUUUUAAAUUCCAGCUUUUAAUUUUGUUUAAAUCACUGUUUUAGUGUGCUGGAGGGCUUUCUGCCGACUUGGGAGUGCUGGAAUGUGUGAAGAAAGAGUGCAAGGAGGAGGCAAGUGUUUCUGAUGACAUUCUUGAUGGCCUAAAGUUUGUAGGAACCAUGAGGUAGUGAGAGCUUGCCAGGUUCCAUUGCCUAUUCACAAACUUAAUAGAUGAAAAUUUAUGAAGUUAUUUUUAAAUACAUUUUUAAAAUUAUAAUUUUCACUGCCUGCCAUUUGUGACUUCUUUCUUCAUAGCCUUUUUUUUUAGCGGAUUAAUUUUUUUGUAAAAGGGCCUUUAAUGAGGUAUAUCUGAUUUAAAUUAAUUUUUUUUCCGUGGCAGCUAUUUUUAUGAGGAUGAGCGGGGGCUGUUUCCAGAGUGUCAGUUUAUUUAUGACCUUGAACUCCCUAAUGACUUCAGACCAGUAAAUGCUGAUGGAGAGGUUGCAAGCUUUCAACUGUUCACUAUGAAUGAGGUCAGUUAUUUGACAUGAACAUAUACAUAAACUUUAAGUUUAAGUACCGUUAGCUAAGAAAAGAAGAGAGAGGUUUUUUGGUAAAACUUACACAUUACCAUUUUCUUAUUACUUUUUGCAAUCAAAAUUAAAUUAUCAGUUGUACAAGAUUAAUUUUAAAGAAUAGCUCUCUUGUGGUUGUAGGCGGUGAAACACUUGAGCAAAUUUUUACCAAACCUUGCAGUUUAUCAACGUGGCCCAGAUUUUCUUACAACAGAAAGUUUCAUAAUACACCCACUUUAUUUCUUGUCAGACAUCCCUAAAAAAAAUAGUGCUUAGAAUGAAUGUACAUCUUUGUGUUUAUUUAAAUUCCAUGUAAAAGCUCAAACAAGAGUAUAAGAACACAAACUACGCCCCGGCGACUGGGGCUGUCUGCCUUGAAUUCCUCAUUCGACAUGGAUUUCUCACACCUAGCCUAGGUAAAUAGUGAACUGUUCAUUUAUUCAUGUCUUUGUAUAAUCUAUGGCUGUUCUUGUCUUUGGUUUGGAAAACAUAAGGUGAAGAACUUAAUAGUUGAGGAAAAUUUCAAGCCCAAUUGUGCUGCUAUUUGUCUUGAGUUUCUCAUUCGACAUGGUCUCCUAGAUGCAGAUGCAGGUAAAUUCUAAGACUUUUCUUUAACAGCCUUUCUGAUAAAUAAGCGAGAGUUUCUUUUUUUUUUUUUAACAUCUUUAUCAAAUAAAUCUUAGUUUACUUUUUCAAAACCAGCAUUUUGUUUUUUUUAAACUUCAUAAUCAUUUUUUUUUUUAAAGUAGCUUUCAUAGUCUCUUAACAAAUAUAUUUUAAUGAAAUGUUUUCUUUAACUGCAUUUAAAAAAAAAAUAAUAAUCGUCUUAGCUAUAAUUUUUGUAAGCUCACUGAUUACAAUCAGUCACUUAUUGGUGAAAAAAAUCAUUUCAGAUCCCAAUGUGAGCUUGUAUGUUGAACAACUACACACACCUCUACAGACCUAUUAUGCUGGCAGAUAAUUUUGAGGGCAUUUAGUUCUUUAGUUGGACAAAGGAAUCAUGAUAUUGUUGUUUCAUAUCUAAAAAUAAUAAGAAUGCUUUUAUUUUUUAAUGUGAUAAGCUUUGCCCACCUUUUCUUCUUUACACCCUGAUAAUAUUUUAUCUCUCUUUGAUCUUGAAUGAAUUUACACUCAAUGCAUACUUAUUCAGUUACUAUAUAAUUACACAUAUCUAUUUUAAAAUUUAGUUGAGGGAAACUGAAGCAAACAUUGGAGUUUGAGCCUCUGUUUAAAGAAUAGCUAGAAAUUGUGUCUAAUGUUUGACCAGUCCUGUAGAAAUUUAAAGUGAAUUAAUAAAGAUGACAAUGUAAUAAAACAAUAUGGAAAACCACUAAAGGGCCAUCCAUAUAGUAUGUAUGUACUAAG